AUGCUUCGUUUUGCAAAUCCUCUCUUAAGACAUGUCAUUCACAGGAAUCUUUUUGAUAGCAUUGUGAGGAAGCAAUGUCUCCAGUACAUAAAAAAUCUAAGAAGGCUACAAUGUGAAGGAUUUAAAACCAUCUUUUUAGGGGAAACAGAUAUCCCUGAAUAUCUCAUCACAGGAGAAAACCCAAGUGAUGAAAACCUUGUGCAAAAUCCAGUAUGGAGUAUUGUACAUGCUGGAAGCAGCCAAGGAUGGGUUCCUUGGAAAUACCGAAUGUUCCUAAGAGAUGAGUUAUGUACUAGACAGGAAGAGGGUCUCUUCCUUGAAUUCUGCAGCGUGGCGCAAAAGGUCUAUGGGAAGUGUGUCAUUGUGGUAAGAGAGGAAAGACAGAUAAAUGAAAGAAAGCAGAAUGAAGUCAUAGAGGACAAAGAAGCCCAACUUCAUACUUCAUCAGUUAUUAAUUUAACCAGCAUUUCAUGUUGUCCUGAGGUAGCCAAAGCAAGUGGCCAUGAGCUUCUUCCUCUUCCAACUCCCUACAAUUAUCUAAAUCCUUUAGAUUCUGCUUGGUCUUCUCUGAAAUGGUUUAUCAUCAACAACAGGAAAGAAUUUUGUUUGCGGUCCAUUGACAGUGUCUAUUCCUACCAGUAUAUACUUUUCAGUGACAUGAUUGGAAAAGGAAUCGACAGGAUGACACCAAAUAAAUGGAAAAUGCUCAUUAACAAAGUUCGAAGAUGGGAAAACUAUUAUCUUGGUAAAUGUGCUUGAAGAAGAUUCUCCCCAGCAAGCAGUUGCCCUCCUCCACUACAGGGACAUUCUUUAAUAACUGUUUGGCGAGAUUCUUUUUUUUUUUUUCUUUUUAUCUUCUACAUUGACCUGGACCAUUUUGGCACGACCCUCAUAUUCUAUUAGAUUACUAAUGCUGUUAGAUCUCUCUGAGCUUGAUGGUGCCAUCAUCGCAACCAUAUUAAAUCAAGUCAGUACUUCAACGAAGGACGAGAAAAAGGAAUGAAAAUGGUUAGUUGACCCAAUGCUAUAAUUUUAAACAUCUUCAAUCAAGUGUGGUAAGUUUGCUGGGGUAUAUAAGAAAUAGACUCACAUACAGUCAGUUUAUACAGUUCAAUCAGUACAGAGAUAACUAGGAAUUCUGGUGUAAAUUCAGUUAUGUGAAAGGCUACCACAGAGGAUAGUUUGUUGUUGUUCGGUUGUAUCCAACCUUUUGUGAAUACAUUUUGAGUUUUCUUGGC